CCAGACAGCGGAAAUAUCGCCAACUUGAACGCCCCACGAGAACGACGAAGCAGCUCCUAGCUUGUUGCUCCCGCAGAACUGCUCUUCCUUCCGCGCCGCCCCAAUCCCCGCUCUCGAAACCCCGUCUGAUCCCAAUCUCGGUCGCCUCGUGGGGUCCUUGAGGCCACCACCAUGACUUCCCUGAAACAAUUCAUUCGGAAUGUGCGGGCGGCGAAGACGAUUGCGGACGAACGAGCUGUGGUCCAGAAAGAAAGCGCUGCUAUCAGGGCCAGCUUUAGGGAGGAAAGCGGGGAUUCCAACGUGAGGCGUAACAAUGUUGCAAAGCUUUUAUACCUCUUCACGCUCGGCGAAAGGACGCAUUUUGGCCAGAUAGAAUGCCUGAAGUUACUGGCAUCCCCCCGAUUUGCCGAUAAACGACUGGGAUACCUAGGGACCAUGCUUCUCCUUGAUGAAAAUCAGGAGGUGCUAACGCUGGUCACAAACUCUCUCAAAAAUGACCUCAACCAUCCCAACCAAUACAUUGUCGGCCUGGCACUUUGCACCCUUGGCAACAUUGCCUCAGUUGAGAUGUCGAGAGAUCUGUUCCCCGAAGUCGAGACUAUAAUAUCAAGCGCGAACCCCUAUAUACGCCGUAAAGCGGCGCUAUGCGCGAUGAGGAUAUGUCGCAAGGUCCCCGAUCUACAGGAACAUUUCUUGGAAAAGGCGAAGCUGCUUCUGCAAGACCGGAACCACGGCGUCCUCCUUUGUGGGCUGACUCUGGUGACAAGCUUGUGUGAGGCCGACGAAGCUGAAGACGGCGAAAAUGGGAUUGCUGAUAUGUUCCGGCCCUUGGUGCCGAGUCUGGUGAAGAUAUUAAAGGGGCUCUCGACUUCUGGCUAUGCACCGGAGCACGAUGUGACAGGAAUAACUGAUCCUUUCCUCCAAGUCAAGAUCCUGCGACUCCUUCGGGUUCUUGGGCGUGGCGACUCCCAAGUCAGUGAGCAAAUCAAUGACAUCCUCGCUCAGGUCGCUACCAAUACAGACUCAUCCAAGAAUGUCGGAAAUUCCAUUUUGUACGAAGCAGUGCUGACCAUCUUGGACAUUGAGGCUGAUUCAGGUCUCCGUGUACUAGGCGUCAACAUUCUUGGAAAGUUCCUGGCUAACAGAGACAACAAUAUCCGAUACGUGGCCCUAAACACCUUGAUCAAAGUGGUGGCUGUGGAGCCUAACGCCGUACAACGACACCGUAACACUAUCCUGGACUGCCUACGUGACCCCGAUAUCAGCAUUCGGCGCAGGGCAUUGGACCUUAGCUUCACCCUGAUCAACGAAAGCAACGUCAGAGUUUUGAUUCGGGAACUACUUGCUUUCCUAGAGGUGGCGGAUAACGAGUUUAAGCCUGUUAUGACCUCCCAAAUUGGCAUUGCCGCCGACCGAUUUGCACCAAAUAAGCGCUGGCAUGUCGACACCAUGCUCCGGGUCCUCAAACUCGCUGGCAACUAUGUGAAGGAGCAGAUAUUAUCCUCUUUCGUCCGGCUUAUCGCAACCACGCCGGAGUUGCAGACGUACUCUGUCCAGAAGCUUUAUGCGGCUUUGAAAGAAGAUAUCACUCAAGAAGGUCUCACACUUGCUGCAUCAUGGGUCAUUGGUGAAUACGGCGAUGCCCUGCUCAAGGGAGGCCAAUAUGAAGAGGAGGAGCUUGUCAAAGAAGUGAAGGAAAGCGAUAUCGUGGAUCUUCUUGAAACGAUCCUUGACAGCAGUUACGCCGGCCUAGUGGUAACACAGUAUAUAGUAACAGCAGCGAUGAAGCUCACGACGCGGUUGAACGAGCCAGCCCAGAUAGAAAGACUACGUCGUCUGCUUCAGCGAUACUCAACGAACCUCGACAUCGAGGUACAAGAGCGCGCGGUCGAGUUUGGAAAUCUUUUGGCAUUCGACCAAAUUAGAAGAGGCGUUCUCGAGAAGAUGCCACCUCCGGAGAUACGUGAGGAAUCGCGGGUCCUGGGAGAAGCUACAAAGAAACGACCAGCCAAAACGACGAAGAAGAAGCCAGCGCAAACUGCCACCGAAGAUUUGUUGCUCGAUCUGAUGGGGGAUACCGGCGGAGACACUGCAGCUACAACAAAUGGUUCACCGGCUCAGACAGCCGACUUACUGGCAGAUAUUCUUGGUGGCGGUGCGACGUCAUCAACCUCUUCGCCUCCUCCUCAAACCACAUCUCCUGCACCAUCCAACAAUGUCGAUUCAAUCAUGAGCCUGUUCAACGCCGGAUCUAGCACCUCCACUGCACCGUCUCAACAGCCUUCCACUUCGGCAUCUAUGGAUCUUUUCGGUGGCAUGACUUCACCGCCACCGCAAACCGCGACGCCAUCAGUUUCUUCAGGGCCGCCGGCACAUUCCGCAUACAAUAAGAACGGCCUACAAAUCACCUUUCAACUUAAACGGGAUGCCAAUGCUGUGCAGGUGCUGACCCGUUUCCGGAACGUAGGAGGCGCUCACCUGGGUGCUGUAAAUCUACAAGCAGCAGUACCCAAAAGCCAGAAGUUACAACUCCAGCCUAUAAGCCAGCCAGAACUCGGUGCAGGUCAGGAGGCGACACAGCAAAUGAGAGUCACCUCCGUCAAUGGCCCUCCUCCUGCUAGGUUGCGGCUGCGGUUAAAAGUUGGGUACAGUGCUGGAGGAACGCCAGUUACGGAACAAGUCGACUGGUCAGAACCGACAUGAUGUAAUGAACGAGUUGGUAUUUGGCCAUUAUGCUCCCUCGGAGAAAUAAUGGAAGGGAUAUUACGGUGCUUAGCACUUCUGCAUGUCAAUAUCCAGCCUGCGAUCAACGAUAUCCAUUAUUCAAAGAUGUACAUUGCGCUUGUUUCCCUCC